UUGACUUGGUCGCUCCACAGAGGCCUUGCCUGGCACACUACCGACGAAACAUUACAUGAAGGCUUCCAACGGUUUGGGAAAGUGGAAGAGGCUGUUGUUGUCAAGGACCGCGAUACGAACCGAAGUCGCGGGUUUGGGUUUGUUCGCUUUUCAACCAAGGCGGAAGCGGAUGAAGCGCUCCAGAGGAUGAACAACACCGAAUUCGAUGGCCGCCUGAUUCGAGUAGACCAUGCCCAGGACAACAGACAAGGUGGCGCUGGUAGAGGCGGUGGCUUUGGUGGAAGAGGUGGAUACACAAUGCCCAUGACCACGUCAGGCGGCUAUCAGCAGCCUGGAAGUCAAGCACGCAACCCUGGCGCGACAGGUACUGGCCGUGGCGCGGCGUAUGCCGCUCAGUACGGACAGUACAAUGUGCAAUACCCACAACCGGGUGGGCCACAGGGCGGAGGAAGCCAGCCGCAAGGGGGCAGCAAUCCAUACGGCCAGCAGGGACCGUAUCGACAAUAG